GGUUUGACACCUCUAUAGACGCGUGCUCGAAAAAUUGAAAUAUUGAAAAAGCGUAAUAAAAUAAGUAAAGUAAAGAAUAAACUAUUCUUUAAGUGUAGCACAAAAAGUUUGCAAACACCUGACUAAAAUGGCAAACGCUGAUGUGCAGUAUAAUUACGGUCAGCAGGACAACGGCGAUGAUUACAAUGACGAUAGCAACCAGCAGGAUGAUGAUGAUCAGUACGAGGAUAAUGGCAAUGAUGGAUUGAACGUGAAGAUUGAGAACGUGGGCGAAAGCCCAAAGUUUAUACGCCUCCGUGGUCUUCCUUGGUCGGCAACGCACAAAGAGAUCUUGGACUUUUUGGAGAAUGUAAAUGUCAGCAAUGGCUCGGACGGCAUUCAUUUGGUGACAAGUCGCGUAGAUGGAAAGAAUACGGGCGAGGCCUAUGUAGAAGUUGCAAGCCAAGAUGACGUGGAGGAGGCACGCAAGUUAAACAAGGCCAGCAUGGGACAUCGCUAUAUUGAGGUCUUCACCGCUACACCUAAAGAAGCAAAGGAGGCCAUGAGGAAGAUUGGCGGCCAUGGCAAUGCUUUCGUUGUAAAGCUGCGAGGACUGCCCUAUGCCGUCACAGAACAGCAGAUCGAGGAGUUCUUUACGGGGUUGGAAAUCAAAACGGAUCGGGAGGGCAUACUUUUUGUUAUGGACAGAAGGGGUCGAGCAACUGGGGAAGCUUUUGUUCAGUUCGAAAGCCAGGAUGACACUGAGCAAGCCUUGGGCCGAAAUCGGGAAAAAAUUGGGCACAGAUACAUUGAGAUCUUCCGCAGCUCAAUUGCUGAGAUGAAGCGUGCCACAGGCAGCGGUGGAAGCUCUGGCGGACGCCCGGGCCCCUAUGAUAUACGUGAUCGCGGUGCUAAUCGUGGAGGAAACGAUUUCGGAGGAGGACGAAAUGACUGGGGUAACAAUGGAAAUUUUGGUGCUGGUGCCAACAACAUGCUUGGCUUCAACAAUCUGCCCAGUUUGAUGAAUUCUGGAAACUUUGGCAACAACCCCGGCGGUGGAAAUGGUAGCGGUAAUGGUGGAAAUUUUGGACCAAAUUCAGGUCCCAGCAAUUUUGGAAACUUUGGUGGAAACAGCGGAAAUUCAAAUUUUGGUGGAACCCUAGGUGGUAACGGUGGAGGUGGCAACAACGGAGGCGGUAACUUUGGGAACUUUGGAGGCAACAAUGGAGGUGGUAAUUUUGGCGGUAACAACAGCGGAGGAGGCUUCAAUAGUGGAAGUAACUUCGGAUCUCCAGUGGGCGGCAGUAACUUUGGUAACAACAACAAUGGAGGAUCCAAUUUUGGUGGAAACAACGGAGGCGGCUUCAAUAAUGGUGGCAGUAGCUUUAACUCUACAGCAGGCGGCGGCAACUUUGGCCCAAUCGGUGGCGGCCGUAACAACAAUAACGGCGGAAACUUUGGUAAUUCUGGAUUUGGAAACUUUGGAGCCAACAACAACGGCGGAAACGGGGGCGCCAACUUUGGCGGAGCUAACAAUGCCGGAGGCUUCAAUAACGGCAGCAACUUUGGCUCUUCCCUUAGCGGAGGAGGCAACUUCGGGCCUAUCGGCGGUGGCCGUGGAAGCGAUGUGGAGUAUUAUACAAUCCAUAUGCGAGGACUCCCGUACACUUCAUUUGAAAAUGAUGUCUUCAAGUUCUUCGAACCUAUUCGGCCUGCUAAUGUCCGCAUAAACUACAACAAGAAGGGACUGCACAGCGGUACUGCUGAUGCCUAUUUUGACACGUACGAAGAUUCUCAGAUCGCCAUGAAACGGCACCGCGAACAAAUGGGUUCGCGCUAUAUUGAGCUCUUUUACGACGGAAAGACACGAGGCGGGGCCAAUGGAAAUGGCGGUGGUGGCAAUGUAGGCGGCGGAGGUGGAGGUGGCGCUGGCAACAAUGGAGGUGGUGGCAACGGAAAUUUCUCUCGUCGCAUCUGAGGCUCUUCCAUCUGGGGGCUUGAUUACAUUAAUUAUAAUGUAAGCGCAAGUAUUUAAUAAAUUUAUGAACAAGCCGCAA